UUUGUCUGCUUUCAGGUGCUCAAGAGGUCCACCUGUUCUCUGUUGCUGCCUUGCAUUCCCGCUCACACACACGCACACACACACGCAUGCAGAUGGUGCCUCAGGUUAAUUCUUCACGGUGAUAAAUUCCACCACCAUCAAUGGCGUAUCACUUCAAGCGCAGGCUCUCGGAAGCCCUGACGCUGGAGCGAUCCGAGCGGGGAGCCUUGGUCAUCGCCAACAUCGACGACGUCGAUGGAGCUAAUCAGGAGCUGAGGGAAGGGGAUGAAGUGGUCGGGGCGACCAUCAAGUUCGACCGACUGACCAAAGAUGAGGUGAUGGGUGUCCUGAAGAUGAUGGAACCGUACGAUGACAGGAUCCAAGUGCUCACCAAGAACAACAUGAGCAGGAGCAUGGGGAACCUCAACCAGGGGGCUGUCAGUCCUGAAACGAUGCUGCACAAUGCUUACAACAAGCUCUACGACACCAAAAUCAAGCGCUUCAUGCACAACGACAUGUCUAAUGGCGAGAACCUGAAAGACUAUGUGACCCUCCCUCGCUCCUCCAAACUCAAGACCAAGCAAGACUCGGACUUACCUCGUCUGGGGGUGGACUUUGGACGCCUGAGUCCCAACACGCUUGGCAGGCGUUACAGCGCCGACUCCGAGAGCAAUUACGCCGCCUACGGGUCGGGAGCGUUUGCGCACGAGGCCAACCUGAACCUCCCGCCUCUGGGCGUAGGCCAGGUGAAAGCGGGAAGACGGGUUCAGGUGCCGCAGAUGCUGAACGCUCGCGCUCCGUCUGUGAAUUCACACGCUGGAGUCUACUCUGAAAUUUAUCCAGAUGACGCUGAAAUGGCCCUCCAAGGCACUGACGGGAGGUUCCUGAGCUACAACGACAAUGCAGAGUUUGACAUGGACGGUUAUGACGGAUCGCCCGCAAUGCAUCUGGCCGGACAGUCUUCUCGAUUAAAUGCACCCCAGUUCGAUCUGAAUGGCCGCAGCGGUCUUCAGGGGUCCGCUUUCGACGUGGACGGCCGUUCAGGUGGCUUUGACAUCAAAGGAGCCAGGACCAGCGGUGAUUUGAGAAUGCCGAAUGCUCAGUUUCAGGGUGGCGGUGUGACCACCUCUGGAGUUCGCGCCAAGGUCCCGUCUGGAAAGUACAAGGCUCCUAAAUUCACCAUGCCAAAUUAUGGUUUACCAACUGUUGAGGUUCCAGAAUUUGAUGGGGACAUAGGUGGUAUGGACAUGCCCAAUGUACCCAAAUUCAAAGUCGAUGGUCGAAGCGCUGCUUUAGGGAUGCCAGAUGUUGAUGGGAAAUUCCAAAGUCCAAACUUUAAGAUGCCUGAUUAUGAUCUCAAUGGACCUAAUUUGGACCUCAGAUCUCCUAACGUGGAUUUCAAUGGUCCCAAUCUCCGAGGUGACGUCAGGGCACCUGAUCUUAAAAUGCCCAAACUCGGUCUCAAAACCCCCAAUCUGGACUUGAACAUGCCAGAUCUUAAUGGCCCAAACUUGAAAGGGGGCAUUGAUGGCCCCAAUUGGGACGCAAACCUUAAAGCUCCAAAGUUAGAUUUGAACUCACCAGAUGUUGACCUUCCUAAUAUGCCCAAAACGAAGUUUCCCUUAUUUGGCCGUCCGAAUUUCAAAGGUCGUACCGUUGAGCCUGACUUGGAUGAUUGGGACAUGGACGUCGAUACACCCAAAUUCAAACUCAAAGGUCCCAAAGCUGAUUUAGGGAUGCCUAAUUAUGAUCUCAAUGGUCCUAACCUAGCCCUCAAGUCUCCUGACUUGGACCUCGGUACUCCUAAUCUCAAAGGCGGGUUAAAUACACCGGAUUUGACGAUGCCUAAACUUGGUUUUAAGACCCCCAAACUGGACUUCAAAAGCCCAAAUUUGGACCUGCCAGAUGUUCAUGCCCCAGACCUAAAGGUGAAAACUCCCAAGUUAAAAGGUGGAAUUCACGGCCCUGACUUGGACUUGCCCGACGCCAACUUUAAAACGCCCAAGUUAGAUAUGGGAUCACCAAAAACCAAAUUUAAAUUUCCCAAAAUAAAGAUGCCAAAACUCAAGCGUCCGAGCCUUAAAAGUCCAGACCUGAAUGUGGAUCUCGAUUCUCCAGAUAUGGACGUCAAAGCACCCAAGUUAAAUCUCAAAGGUCCCAAAGCCAAUUUAGGGUUGCCAAAUGUUGAUAUUGAUGGAAAGUUCAAAAAGCCAAACUUGAACAUGCCAGGUUUAGGUCUCAAUGGUCCGAAGAUAGAUGGACCUAACCUGGACCUCAGUGGUCCUAAUCUCCAUGGUGGGAUAAACGCACCAGAUUUGAAUAUGCCUAAACUUGAUUUUAAACCCCCCACACUGGGCCUUAAAAGCCCAAACAUGGAUUUUCCCCAUCUUCAGGGUCCCGACCUGAACCUGAAAACCCCGAAGCUAAAAGGCGACAUAAAUGGCCCUGACUGGGACUUACCGAGUGCAGAUCUUAAAGGUCCAAAGUUAGAUCUGAAAGGUGACAUCAACAUGGGUUCAGCAAAGGCAAAAAUGAAGAUGCCCAAAUUCAAGUUGCCAAAAUUCGGUCGUCCAAGCCUUAAAGGUCCUGACAUUGAUGCAGAUUUCGAUGGUCUGGACAUGAACGUCAACGCACCCAAACUCAAAGGUCCCAACGCUGAUUUAGGGAUGCCAAAUAUUGGUAUUGAUGGAAAGUUCAAAAAGCCAAACUUGAACAUGCCAGAUUUAGAUCUCAAUGGUCCGAAGAUCGACGGACCUAACCUGGACCUUACUGCUCCCAACCUGGACCUCAGUGGUCCUAAUCUCCAUGGUGGGAUAAACGCACCACAUAUGAAAAUGCCAAAACUCAAUUUAAAAAGUCCAAAACUAGACUUCAAAGGGCCAAAUGUGGACUUGCCAGAUCUGAAUGGUCCAGAUGUAAAUCUGAAAGCCCCAAAGAUAAAAGGUGGUUUGGAUGGUCCGGAUUUGGACCUUAAGGCUCCCAAGAUUGAUCUGAAAACUCCAGACAUCAACAUUGGAUCACCAAAAGCUAGAUUUAAGUUUCCCAAGAUGAAGAUGCCCAAAUUGAAGAGUCCGAGCCUUAAAAGUCCAGACCUGGAUGUUGAUCUCAAUGCUCCAGAUAUGGACAUCAACGCUCCCACUCUCAACCUCAAAGGUAGCAAACCAAACUUGGAUCUUAACGCUGGCGGGAAACUCAAGAAGCCAAACUUAACUAUGCCAAAGAUGGACUUCAAGAGCCCUAAACUGAACCUGAAUGCACCAAAGCUAGAUCUCAAAAGCCCCAAACUGGACCUGAAUGCCCCAAAGUUGGAUCUCGAUACUCCAGACUUGGACGUCAAGGCUCCAGACCUAAAGCUGAAAGCGCCAAAACUCAAAGGCGGACUGGACGUCAAAAGUCCCGACCUCAACAUCGACGCGCCGAAAGCAAAAAUGAAAUUGCCCAAAGUGAGAUUUCCCAAGGUCAAUAUGCCGACCCUGAACGGACCAAACAUCGAUGGUCCAGACUUUGACAUUGAUGCGCCAGACGUGGAUUUCGGAAGACCAUCGGGCAAAUACAGAAAGCCGCAUUUGAAAGUGCCGGAUGUGGAGCUGUCGGGACCAAACAUGAAGUCACCAAAAUAUCACGGGAAGCUCAAAGGACACAACGUUGACAUGAAUGUCAAAGCGCCAAAAGUCAAAGGAUCUUGGGACACCCCCAAAGCAGAGCUACCAAACGUGGACCUCAAAGCCCCGAGGACAGACUGGAACGCCCCAGAAACAAAAUAUAAAAAGCCUCACAUGAAGAUGCCGAAAGGGUACGACACGGACCUGAACGGAGGCUUUCAGGGUCCAGACCUCAGUCUCCCCGAUGUGAGAGGUCCAAAUUCGAAGCCAACGAUGCCGUAUUUAGACAUGGAUGACAUCGAUGUCAACGGACCGGACGUGAGUCUGUCAGGAACCAACGGCAAGCUGAGAACUUCAGAUCUGGAUGUGGACGACUCGACGCUCCAAUUCAGGAAGUCGUUGCACGGCGGCUCGGGCGUGCCGCUGCCCGGGCUCGACUUGGACCAAGGCAUGAUUCAUUCUCGCUCCAAGGGCUCGAUGCAAUCAGAUUUGAAUUUCACACGCUCGGACCUCAACAUUGACGACUUCACCGGGAAGUAUCACGUCCCCGGGUCUGACCUGGACCUCCAGUUGCCCUCGACCUCCACGGGGCUGACAACUGAUCAGAGGGUUACCCGAUUCAGCGGCGCCACACUGAACGCAGACUCCAUUUUGCACCCGAGCCACGCCGUGAAAGCCGCCCAGACGUUAAAUGACGGCCGCUGGUCGUAUUCUCAGAAAAAACCUGUCGAUACCUCAGACGGAUACAUGGUGACUGUUUUCCCCUCACAGGAAGAAAGCGAGAUUAACCUAAAGCAAAAGUACGGCAGCCUCGGAGGCCUUAAUUUCGGCUCCGGCGACGUCAACUUGGAAGUUCCCGAUCGAGACGAGCUGAAAGGAUCCACCUUUCUGUUCUCCAACCUCGUUUAGUCAGGCUGCCGCAAAAUCAAGAACAAGAACAAAAGCAUCUCAACGAAAUGCAAGCUCAGUUCCGCUCGAUGCUUGUUGUCAAUUUUAAUUAAAAUCGUCUGUUGUUUUUACAUUCUGACUUUAUUCUGCUAAUGUUCUUUUGAAUGACAUUGUGAGGUUCUUGUCUGUCGUUGUCACAUUCUUCACGCAUACAAUAUAUGUCAUGUACCUAAAUAAUAACUCGUGUGACUCGGCUGAGUCAGUUGAAGUAUUUAAAUGGCGUUGAACGGUAAAAAAAUGUACAUUGGGUUAUUUUAUGAAAUAAUUGUGAUGCUUGUGUGUGUAUAUAAAACACGUUUAUAUUUAUCUGCAUUAUAUGUUGUAAAUGUGGAAAAUAUGAAGUUUCAGGUUUCUUUUCCUUCCUCUUUGCUAUAAUGGUAAAAUGAAUACAAAAUGUAACUAUAUGCAGGCUUGUGUCCAAUAAAAAGGACGUGACUCAAAA